AUGCGGUGGGCUGUGGUGUUCAGUGUGGCGGGGUGUGCUGCUUCGAUGGGCAUUUCGUCGCCGUUUCGUCGUGAUCUGAAGCUUAUGGCUGAGAUGGGGGUCAAUCCUGAUAUCAUAUUCAGCAAGAAGGAGACUGUGCAUACCCUGGUGGCGCGCAACUCGGAUGAGAUUACUGCUGAAUAUGUUGAGAUACCAAUUGACCAUACCAAUUCGUCUGUCGGGACAUACAAGAAUCGCUACUGGGUGCAGGAAGAAUACUAUCAGCAAGGUGGCCCAGUAUUCAUCUACGAUGUCGGCGAAUCUAGUGGAGAAUCUGCUGCCAAAAUGCAACUGGGAAAUUCGACUUCAAUGUUUGCGGAAAUGUUAGCAGAACAUGGUGCGAUGGGAGUUGUCUGGGAGCAUCGAUACUACGGUGAAUCGCUCCCAUACAAUGUUAGCAUCGACACACCGCCAGAGCACUUCGCCUACCUAAACAAUGAACAGGCUCUGGCCGAUAUACCAUUCUUUGCACAGAACUUUACGCGCGAGAACUAUAAAAAUGUUGACCUGACCCCAUCUGGUUCACCAUGGGUCAUGGUUGGAGGCUCUUAUUCUGGAAUGCGCUCGGCGUUCACUCGCAACAAGUAUCCUGACACGAUUUUCGCUUCCUUUGCUUCUUCGGCUCCAGUCGAGGCGCGCAUUGACAUGAGUGUCUAUUUCGAUCAAGUCUAUGCUGCUAUGGUUGCCAAUGGGUACUUGAAUUGUACUCGGGAUAUCAAAGCUGCCAUGGAAUAUGUUGACGCGGAACUUGACAAGGGCGCCGAAUCUGCCGCAGCUAUUAAGAAACUAUUUUUCGGCGCUGGCGCUGAAGAAAACAACAACGGUGAUUUUACAACGGGAGUUGGUGGCAUUUUCGGUUUCUUCCAGUCAUACGGGUUCGGCGGGGGAGAAGGCAGUCUGGCAUCCUUCUGCGACCAUCUCGAGACCGAUCCGAACACUGGAACCGUUGCCGGACCUCGAGGCUUCGCUCCCUACAUUGGCAAGAAGUACGUGGCUGAGCGAUUCGCCUCCUUCCCAGCCUUCAUUGAGUUGGUCAAUUUCAAUUACUACACCAACUGCGGCGGUCUUGACACAACCCAGCCUGUUUCCUGCGUGCUGAAUCCCAAGGCUACCGACCCCGACGUCAUCAGCUGGACAUGGCAAUUCUGCACAGAAUGGGGCUACUUUCAAACGAAUAACAUCGGUCCCCACUCUCUCUUGUCCAAGUACCAAUCUCUCGAAUACGUCCAGUACACCUGCAACCGUCAAUUCCCCGAUGCCGUGGCGUCAGGCCUCCUACCAAAACAACCCCUGACCCAAGAAACGAACAAACAAACCGGAGGCUGGUCGAUCCGCCCGUCAAACGUGUAUUGGAGCGGCGGAGAAUUCGAUCCAUGGCGCACACUGUCCCCCCUCGCCACGGAAAGCAUCGCCCCGCAAAACGUCCAUUUCACAACCGACAUCCCCAAGUGCAAUGUGGAGACGACCGAGGACACGGUUUUCGGUUACAUCAUGCCUAACGCCGAGCAUUGUUUUGAUUUCUUGACUGAUUUUGCGCCCGCGAGGAUCUCACGUGGACACUUCUACAAGGCUCUGAAAGAGUGGCUUCCCUGUUUCAAAGGGAAAACGCACACGACCAUGCACACGGUCAUGGACCGCGGUCAGGGAGGUUGCGAGGUUGCGAGUUCCGGGGAGAACCCGGAGCACUCCACUAUGGAGAUUCGAUCGGUCGGAAGAUCAUUUGGCUUCAUGUUGCUCAACCCAGCCGUGGUCCUGGUUGGCGCAUUGUAUGCGGCCUUCCUGGUCCUGCGUUACCUUGUGCAGUUACACCACCACCAUAAACAGUCUAAAUCCCUGCAUUGCGAACCUUGUACAGCUGGCUCUUCCACGUUUUUCGGCAUCCCGGCCUUUAUUCGCCUGAGUAAAGCCGUUCGCGAAAAGCGCUGGAUCGAUUAUCUGACCGACCAAUAUGCUAUAUACGGGACUACCUUUCAGCAGAAGUUGUUCGGUCGCGAGAUCAUCACUACGAUUGAGCCGGGCAAUGUGAAGGCCAUUCUAGCGACUCAGUUCCAGGACUUUUGCUUGGGCACGCGACAUGAACAGUUCUAUCCUUUGCUCGGUGAUGGGAUCUUCACGCUGGAUGGGGCAGGGUGGUCGCACGCGAGAGGAUUAUUGCGACCGCAGUUUACUAGAGACCAGGUCGCGGAUCUAGCUCUUCUGGACGACCACAUCAAUCACCUCCUCGACCUCAUUCCAAAAGACAGAAGUAGCUUUGACAUUCAACGCCUGUUCUUCCUUUUAACCCUUGAUUCAGCCACUCAUUUCCUCUUCGGCGAAUCAGUAGGCUGUAUGCUCCCAGAAUCCGAAGCAACUGGGGUUCUCGCCAAAUCCGCCGUGCGCAACGCUCAAGGCUUCGCCAAUGCAUUCACAAUCGCUCAGGAUUAUCUCGCCUCUCGGUCCCGCGCCCAAGGCUUAUACUGGAUCGUUAACCCGAAGGCUUUCCGCGAAGCCAACAGCCAAGUCCACGAAGUUGUGGAUCACUACGUGAAUGUCGCACUAGAAUCGAAGCGGAAUCCCGACCGAAAGGAAGGCGAUCGUUAUAUCUUUCUUAAUGCCCUCGCUGCUGAUACGGAUGACCCGAAGAUGCUGCGCGAUAACAUGUUGAACAUCCUACUCGCUGGACGUGAUACGACGGCCAGUCUACUGAGCUCGACAUUCUACUACCUUGCGCGCCAUCCAAAAGUGUUCACGCGACUGCGCCGGGAUAUUAUCGAGACCUUCGGGGAUCGAAAGAACCCGCGCGGUGAAAUCACACAGACCAAACUCAAGGAUAUUUCUUACCUGCGAUAUGUGCUGAACGAGACCCUUCGCCUCCAACCGCCUGUCCCGAUCAAUUUCCGGGUCGCUACGAAAGAUACUUCACUCCCACUCGGAGGAGGGCCGGAUAAACAAUCUCCAGUCUAUAUAAAAAAAGGAACGAUGUGCGCCUACAACGUCUUCGCCAUGCACCGUCGCACAGAUCUAUGGGGCAAAGACGCACGCUCAUUCCGACCGGAACGAUGGGAAGAGAAUGCCAAACACGGAUGGGAAUACCUACCAUUCAAUGGUGGACCUCGGAUAUGUCUCGGGCAACAAUAUGCGCUCACCGAGGCCAGCUACACAGUCGUUAGACUCUUGCAGUAUUUCGAUACUCUUGAAAAUGCGGAUCCGCGUCCGGCUUUGACCGAGGAGCCGGUGAAGCAGUCUAAUUUGACUAUGAUGCAUGAUGCUGGUGUGCCUGUGCGGCUGUAUUCUUCGGAUCGGAUUUAG